UAAAUCGCAUAUUUUGUAUUUUGCUUGUGAAUGCAAAUUGCGAAUUUUGUGUUAUUUACUUAGAUUUUUGUGUUUGUAAAGUCCUUCUCAAUUCCCCAACUUGUUCUAAAUGGUCUAAAAACCCCCGAAAUGCCGCGCGAGAAGAGCCGGUACCGGGAGAAAAGGAGUUCCUCCUACAGCUCCGACGAUUCUUACGAGCGCAAGAAGUCGAAGAGCAAGCACAAGCGGCGGUCCCGGUCCAGGGACCGCUCCGAGUCCAGCAGUCACAAGCGGAAGCGGUCCCCGAGCCGCAGCCGCCACCGGCGCCGCAGCUACUCCCGGAGCGUGUCUCGAGACCGCUACGAGUCGAGGAAGCGACGCUCGACCUCUCGCUCCAAGUCGAAGAGAUCCAACCGCCCGUCUCGAGAGAGGUCGCACUCGAGUGAGCGAUCGCACAGUAAGUCUAAGUACAGCAAGUCGAAGCACAAGUCUCGUAGACGGUCCCCGUCGUCUAGUGAUAGCGAUAUAACAGAAAAACCAGUUCUACCAAAGACUUUAAAUCUUACUGAUAUUGAGACUAAAGUUGAGAAAGCUAUCAAAGCCGCUGAAGCAGCUGGCUUGACAAUGACCAAAAUACCAACUUAUGAGUACAGAGAAGUGGAUGUCAAGGAAGAUAUGCCGACGAUUCAUGAUAGGAACCUUCUGGAGGAAAUUAACAAUGACUCAUUUGCACCAAAGACUUUCACGUCUUCAAGAAAUAAGAAGCAACAGAAUAUUGUUAUUGAUUUGAAUAAUGAUACUGUUAAAUUGCCUGAUACAGAACUUAGUAUUGCUAAAGAUGACACCAUAAUAGAUUUUUCUGCUAUACCAAGUGAAGAGGAGUUGAAAGAAAUGUGGAUUAAGAAACUGUACCAGUACAGAAAGAAAAUGCUAAAAGGAGAAAUAUAAAAUGAAAUUACAAUGA